AUGAAGACGAUCCUCUUUCUCCUCGCUGUUUUCCUCCUUCUGGCCCCAGCCAGGAAUUCGUUUUUUGAUCAGAAAUGCCUCAAGCUUAAAGGGAGAUGCGUGAAAUCUUGUCAGAAAAAUGAAGAGCUCGUUGCUCUCUGUCAGAGGGCUCUGAAAUGCUGCCUCGCCCUCCAGCCAUGUUCCAACAGUGAAAAGGAGGAUUCCAUCAAGAAGAAGACUCCCAGGACCACCGAGGCGGUGAGAGGUGACCUUGACGCAGACAAGAUAUGUGGCUAUGGGACUGCUCGCUGCCAGCGGAAUUGUAAGAGACAGGAAUUCAAAAUUGGAGUCUGCCCCAACACUAACCCGUUCUGUUUGAAAGGACGGAUGGCACCUCAUUGA